AUGCAGAAGCCUGUCAUAGAGUCCUUAUUGGACACUGAUAUGUACAAGCUAACUAUGCAUGCUGCUGUGGUUCAAAACUUCCCUGAUGUCGAGACAGUUUAUAAGUACACUAAUAGGUCUGCACAAUUAACGUUCACCGAAGAAGCUGUGGACUGGCUGAAGAAAGAGAUUGAGUCUCUUGGAAAUUUAAAGAUUACGACUGAGGAAAUUGAAUUUUUGAAGAAGGCAAUUCCAUUUUUGCCUGAGGAGUAUUUGGAUUACCUUUCAAAUGGAAGAUUAUCCAUACGCCCAGAUGAACAGAUCGAGUUAACAAGCGAGCCAGCAGAUCAAGAUGGAAGGUUCGAUAUCAAGCUAGAAAUACGUGGUUUAUGGAGGGACACCAUUUUGUAUGAAAUCCCGCUGUUGUCAUUGAUUUCAGAGGCUUAUUUCAGAUUUGUUGAUACUGAUUGGAAUUACGACAACCAGGUCGAAAAUGCUUAUCAAAAAGCACGGACCUUGAUUGAAAAUGGCAUCAACUUUAGCGAAUUCGGAAGCAGAAGAAGGAGGUCCAGAAAAACACAGGAUUUAGUCAUGACAGGAAUCAUGAAGGCUGUGGAGGAACAAGGCGAAGUAGGCCGAAAAUGCUUCGCGGGUACAUCCAAUGUCUUGUUCGCCAAAAAAUAUGGUGUGAAGCCCAUCGGUACUGUCGCUCACGAAUGGAUGAUGGCAAUAGCGUCAAUCACGAUGGACUACGUAAACGCCAACAAAGAUGCGAUGGAUUACUGGAUAAAAACCUUCGGGGGAGAAAAUGCUGGGCUUGCCUUAACAGACACUUUCGGUACUGACAACUUCUUGAGGUCAUUUAAUCCCCCAUAUUCGGACUACUACAUUGGAGUAAGACAAGAUUCGGGCGACCCAGAGCAGUAUACGAAGAAAAUAGCUCACCAUUACAUUGAUGUUCUAAAGUAUCCACGAUUUUCCAAAGUCAUAUGUUACUCAGAUUCUCUAAACCCAGAGAAGGCUAUCGGAUACGCCCAAACUGCCCACAAAUUUGGCCUUAAGGCAACGUUUGGCAUCGGCACGAAUUUCACCAAUGAUUUUUACAGCUCAAAGAACCCGAACGAGAAGAGUGAGCCUCUGAAUAUUGUUAUAAAAUUGCUUGAGGUGAACGGGAACCACGCUAUAAAGAUCUCCGACAAUAUGGGCAAGAACAUGGGUGACCCUGACACCGUACGGAAAGUAAAAGAAGAGCUGGGGUACAUUGAACGGACGUGGGUAGGUGACAAUGAAGCUCAUCGGUGGACAUCCUGA